AUGGCAAACGAUCAUUGUUCUGUAAAUUACCGUACUAACGACAAACGCAACGAAAGUGGAAAGGAUUUGUCGUUUUUUAACUUUCCCUCAAACGAAACACAGCGAUCGCAGUGGAUUGCCGCAAUAAAGCGAGAUGAAGGACCACAUUUUGAGGUUAGUGUGACAUGUAACGAGCCGCGACCAGCGAGCUGUCAAACGCAAGAGUUUUAUUUGUUGCCGAUAUUGAAAAUUUUUAAAUUUAAGACUCAGUUAGCCCGCUCCUUAUUCAUGAAAUAAUUACUCAAUACAUAUCCUGAUAAAAUCCAGUCAAUUAAUCAACCUCAACUAUUAGAUUCAAGUGCUUUUGGCCGAAGCUGUCAAUUUAAACGCACGUGGAACUGGUUUGUUUGUUUUCAUUGACUCGAAUAUGUUCAUUAAUAUUCUGAGAUUCUCCUGGAGUUUUUCGAUUUAAGACUCAUUUGGUCCGCUUCUUAUUCCAGAAAUAAUUACUCAAUACAUAUCCAGACAAAAUGUGCAGUCAAUUUAUCGAACCUAGAUUAUUAGAUUCAAGCGCUUUUGGCCGAAGCUGUCAAACGCACGUGUAACCAGUUUGUUUGUUUUCAUUGACUCGGAUGUGGUCAGUAAUAUUCUACGAGAAUCUCACUUGUUAUCAGCAUUUUAAUUUGGAGUUUUAAACUUUGUUUCCUAGAUCAAGAAAGGCUGUACUCUAGUGUGUUCUACUCACUUCAAGCCAAGUGAUAUGUUUAAAAUUAUAACAGGGAGAACACGCCUUAAAGCAGGAGUUGUGCCAUCUCAGUUUCAAUGGACCAAGGCCUGCAACGAACGCUCCAAAAAUAAACUACAAAAUUUAAAAGAAAUAAACGAAAUGCAAGCACAGGAGGAGCGACGACAAUCAAUUGUCGAUUCAUUCUGCCAGGAUGUUGAAUUAAAGCAAGUGACUGAACAAGUGACAGUGCAGGAAGCCAGUGCUGGCGCUGAGCCAAUGGAAGAAAUGAAUGCUGAACUGGAAAACGAAAACAUUCAACCUGCCGAACCGAGUGCAGAGGAACAAAUUGAAAUCCUUAAAGCCAAAAUCAAAGAUUUAGAGGAAGAGGUGGAAGAUCUCAAAGGAUCCAGGUUUGGAGCUGAAAAUAUUUCCAAGGAUCCUGAACUGCUGUCAUUUUACACAGGCUUUGUAUCAAAAGAACGAUUCGAUAGCUUUUAUAGCUGGGUUGAACCAUAUGCAAAAACUAUGAUAAAAUGGUCCCAGAUUCAGCGUCAACGAGGCAAAGAAAACUACAAGAGAAGGCGUAGCUGUGGAAAUUUGGCAUUGUCACCCUAUGACCAAUUUUUUUUAUUUAUGAUCAGACUAAGAUUAGGAUUACUGGAGACAGACUUGGGAGUAAGAUUCAAUAUUAGCAAGAGUUCUGUUAGCAGAAUUAUUUUAACUUGGGCAAAUUUUCUGUAUACAAUGCUUGGCCAAGUGCCAAUUUGGCCUACAACUGCUCAGAUAAAAAAUAGUAUGCCUGAGUGUUUCAAAACCAUAUACCCUAAAACAAGAGUCAUUUUAGACUGUACCGAAAUCAAGGUCCAAAGGCCUAGCUCCACGGUUCUAAACUCAGAAUUUUACUCAGCAUACAAGUCGCAUACCACCUUAAAAUGCCUAGUUGGUAUUGCUCCUCAUGGCGCUGUAACAUUUAUAAGUUCCCUAUAUCAGGGAAGUAUAUCAGACAAAGAGAUUACAAGACACAGUGGUAUUCUGUCACUAAUCCAAGAAGGAGACGAGGUCAUGGCAGAUAAGGGUUUCCUGAUUCAGGAUUUAUUAGAACCCAAAAAAGCUACAUUGACAAUCCCUCCUUUCUUGUCUAAAACAAGGUCUAUGCAGUUCACCUACAAAGAAGUAACAGAAACACAACAGAUUGCCCGCCUUUGUAUACAUGUUGAGCGAGCAAUCAGACGAAUCAAAGAAUAUCAAAUUUUUCACAAAGUUUUGCCACUUUCGUUGGCUGGUUCGGUAAACCAAAUUUGGACAGUUUGCUGUCUUCUUACAAACUUUCGAGGUCCACUAUAUUGA